CUGCGCUUUAAGUGCUGCACAUUUUGCUUAAUUUUCUGACCUGUCGACAUCACAGGAAAGAGCCGUUUCACCUUAUAGCUCUUUCUAAAAUGGCCAGACUUACCUACAGCGCGCGCUUAGCACUUUAUCUAACUACGAUGAUAAUUCUUGAAAGAGCUGCCUCAAGAGUGCAGGGCAAAGCCUCUCCAAAUGCAACAACGCCUGACAGUAAUUCUUCGAUCGCGGUUUUAUCUAAGACUGCAAGACAACUUCCCGAUAAAUUCAUCCGGUCGCUUCAUCUGCAGCAGAAGCAGCAGCAUGGUGGCAUUGACAACCAUGACCAAGACGACGUGUCCGAGGAUUCUACCAUGUACAAGCUGAGAAUCGAGAUGAUCAAAGCAAAGAUACUGGCAAAACUGCAGAUGGACAAAGUACCGGUCAUAAAAGAAAAACCAAAGGAAAAUAAAAUUAAAGAGCUACUAGCAAGUUUGAACCUCAUUGGAGAAGAUGACGCAGAGGAGAAAAGGGAAGAGGAAGAUAAAGACUAUUUUGGAAGGACCACUAAGAUCAUAGUAUUUAGCGAAAAAGGUAGGAGGUGUAGUCAACAGUAGUUUGAGUAUUUAAAGUCGAUUGUUAUGUCGGAACGUUUCUCUUUAGACACAUUAUAUCGAGGUCAUGCCCUGGUCUUGAGUACGGUAUUUGUGAUUGGCGUUUUCUCGCGGUUUUUUGUAAAGUGGCAUGGUCAAGAGGGCAACAGCUAAAAAAUUUACUACGGCAUUUUUUUUGCCAAUUCACGUGCGUCACUAGGCAGACAGAGAAUGUGCAAAGUUCAAGAGACCUAGCCCAUUUUGCGAUGCAAAACUCCACGACCAGUCCAUUAAAUUGCUGUUCACUUGAAGGUUGCAGAUAUUAGUCACUGACGCCUUAUUCAGUGUUAACUGAAAUUAUGUCUUUUGUUUGCAAUUCUACUCUAAAAUAAUGAUCAUUGUCUUAGGUACAUUGGGAGGAGGAGUCCUCCUAUAAUGUCUAUUCACAGCUGCCAACCAUGCUUUGUAAAUUGGCCCUUAAACCAAACCCCUACGUUCGUCACAGAAAAUGGGAAAAAAAAAUAAAUCAAUUUAAAAAUGCCAGUCACUUUGAUGUAGAAAGACUUACUAAUGCGCUUUUUUUUCUAGAACUGUACAAGUGUAAGCCUAAUCCUUGGUGUGAGCAAGGUUCUUAAGGCUUUCUAAGUUAGGAAACUCCUCCAAAAAAGAGGUUUUUUCCGAAGUAACCCUUUAGAAUUAAGGACUGAAACAACGACAAACCUCUGUUGCUCAUUAAUUCAGUCAGGAAAAGUGUUCCUUUUAAAACGGCAGGUAUAUGUCGAAAGGAUGGUACCGAGAGAACGACAGUAAGAGCACCGGCAUUAGUUUACAACAAGAACGCUACAGUUGAUUACUUGCAAGACUUCUGUUUUCGAAUCCCACUCUUAACUUUGUGUGUGUCCCUUUUUUUGCAGUUUCAGCGAAAGUUCCUGUCUCGCGGUCUCAACGAAAUUCCUCCAGGAAGUUGGUUUUCCAUUUCAAACUGGAACAAAAAACAUUGGCAAGUUCGGCACCGUCAGCGUCUCUAUGGAUCCACAUGCGAAAAAACAAACGCCACGAACUUCUUGGGAAGUUUGUUCACAUGAAAUCACCCAACCCGGACUCAGAGGGAGGACCAUCUGACAUGCAAGAUGUAAAAGUGGUUAAGUCCUUGGUCAAGAAAGAAAAGAAAAGUGGAUCAGGUUGGGUAGUACUAGACAUUACGGAAGUUGUAAAGCACUGGUUUAACCAGACAACUUUUCACCACAAUAUAACCGAUCGCGUUGUUCGCUCCUUAGAAAUAUCUUGCCCCGAUUGUGAAUCAGAGACAAGCGAUCUCUUUAGCUUACGAGGUCGGCUUCGCCCAUUUCUCGUUAUCGAUUUGGAAAAGCCGAGAGUUCAGAGCAGAAAAGCGCGUUCUACCUCUCGGGAUUGCGUAGGAAAGACCGUAUCAUGCUGUCGACGUACUCUGUACGUAAAUUUUACAAAGAUUGGUUGGGAUCGUUGGAUCAUGUUUCCGGAGGGAUUCUAUGCAAACUACUGCGAAGGUUCGUGCCGAGGUCAAAUCAGUCCCCACAACAGUUACGCGUUUAUGCUACAACAAGUUAUGAACAGAGUUAACCAACAACUCACGAUAUGCUGCUCCCCAUCUAAGUCCUCACCCCUUUCUAUUUUUUACUUCGACGAAGAUAGUAACAUUGUAAAGAGGAAUGUCCAAAACAUGGUCGUACAAGAGUGUGGUUGUUUCUAA